CAAAGUUUAUAUAAUUGCAGCGCCAAGGUGAGGCCUCCUUAUUGCUCGUUAUACCUCCAGAGGAGUUCUUAAUACUGUAGUUCCGGAACGACAAGGAAAAUGGUGGAAAUAUUGUUUCCGUUACUCUCAUAGGCAAUGGCGUUCAGUUCGGUGGCCGUGAUUUUAGUCCUGAGUGUUUGUCUGGAUCGUGGUAUGGCGACUUGCAUAAUUCCGCCGCUAUCACUUCAACAGCUGGGAGCAACCGACCCCGCAUCUAGCGCAUUACCAUGUCCUUUACUACAAGCUAUUUUGAAGAGCAUUUCCAACACGCAUGCAAACGAACCAGUACACUAUGUCAAUGCAACAGAGGGUCCAAAUGCAAUCGAUACGACUGAAUCAUCGCUUGGUCCUUCACAACAUUUGAAAAAUUCUCCGCCAAUAUUUGUGGCUAUUCCAAAUAUUCCGCAGGUGCCGCCAGUUCCAAUUCAUUCGUAUGUUACUAAUCACGGUAGCCAAUCCCCAGUGGAAAUUGAGAGGAAUGCAAAUGGUGGACUUUCCAUUCAUGUUUCAACGAAAAUCGAUUUCAGUGGAAAUAUGUCGCUCCUGCAGCAGCCUGUGCCAAUGUUAGGACCGUUUGUGUUCAACAACAAUAUCCAGUUGCAGUUCGUCGAACCGUCACAGUCCAAAGAAGAGAAAAAGGAAAAGCCAUGCAGUAAUUGUGAAUAUCCGAGCUAUUCAGACGAUGAGGAUUACUAUAUUGAUGAUGCUGGCUCAGGGAGUCACCAGCCGAUGGCGACUACAACAACAGAAUCUGAUGCCAGCUUCACACCUACUACGGUUAAGGCUUGAAUUUUUUCAGAAAGGAAUCGAAAUUAUCGAGCUUAAUGGAUACCGAGGUCAACCCAGUAUUAUAUUCAUAGGAUGUGCGGAUAAACAGUGCCAGUACCUUUUGCAAUCUGUACUUUUGAAAUUAGUUUUAAAUACAACAACAAUAAAAGGAUUUUAACUAUA